AUGGCAACUUUUGCCUAUACGGAGGGUGAUAUUAAUCGCAUUACGUCCGCCCUCAGAGGAGCCAGAGAGUUUCUAACAAGUGACAACGAACGGGGGAUAGCACAGAAACUUGAGAGAGAGUUAAAGAAAAAAUUAAGCUGGGAAUUACACAUCAGCACACUUGGUGAAUAUUUAAGACAAAAAAGAAUCCCAAGGGGAUUAAGGGUUAGACUACAUCCUACACUGUGCAGGGAUAACCCUGAACAUCGCACUGUGUGGUACAAGAUCUUAAAUAAAUGCUCAGUAGAUCUGAUGGUACUGACUAUUGAAUCUCUACAAAAAGAGCUGGUUAAACUAGUUAAGGAGAUAGCAACAGUCGAACAAGAAUUGGCAGCAGUAACAGCCUCAACUGAUCUUGAAACUCUGAAAAAACAGAUAGAAGAUAAAUUGAAGGAAUACCAGAAAGAAACAGAAGAGUUUAAAAAGAGAAAAUUUCAUAGGGACGAAUUAGAUUACCAGCGAGAUCAAGUAUAUUCGUGGUACACAAGGACAGACAAUAGAUCAUAUAGACCCAAUAGGGAUAUAAAUUCACAGAAAUGGCGUUCGGACACAGAAGGAGUUACAUCUUCUUCCUCUGCCUCCUCAUCAUCAGGAGUGACUUUUUUAGAGAGAG